ACAAAUGGCUGUGGUGGCCAUCAACUUAGUUUUUGAUUCCCUUACCAAUACAGGAUUUAAAAACUGUGAUCAAGUGGAAGAUUGUUUUUUUGCUGUUUUUUUCAUCUCUCUUCUACGGAGGCGAUUCAAUAUUCUUAACUUAUAAACAUACAAACCGGCUCAUAAGUUGGUUGAAUGUAGUUCGUUUAUUCGAUCGACCAUGGACAGAGGUGAUUCAAUUUAUUGUCAUGGGCAUGAGAAUGAUAUGCUGGAGCCACUUUUAGUCAAGAAGGAAACAGUUGUAUUUAGGGAUAAAGUGCAGUGCAGUGGAGGUCUAGUAUGGGAGGAAGUGAAGAAACAAUGCUGUACAGCAGGCCCUAUGGUGGCUGUGAAUUUGUUACAGUUCAGUUUGCAGAUGAUAUCUGUUAUGAUGGUAGGGCAUUUAGGGGAGCUUGCUCUCUCUAGUGCAUCUAUUGCUACUUCCUUCGCAAAUUUCUCUGGCUUCAGUGUGAUGAUGGGAAUGGGAAGUACAUUGGAAACACUAUGUGGACAGGCCUAUGGAGCAAAGCAAUACCAUCAGAUUGGGAUUCACGUGCAGAGAGCAUUUUUUGCUCUUUUUUGUGUGAGCCUACCGCUUGCUGUGGUGUGGGCAUACAUGGGUAGCAUUCUAAUUGCAUUUGGGCAGGACCCGUUGAUAUCAUUUGAAGCAGGGAAAUAUGCCAGAUGGAUGAUUCCCAGUCUAUUUGGUUAUGCAGCUCUUCAACCCCUUGUAAGAUUUCUCCAGUCACAAAGCAUUGUCUUUCCCAUGAUGCUAUGCUCUGCAAUUACUUUGUGUUUCCAUGUUCCCAUGUGCUGGGUUCUGGUAUUUCAAAUUGGAUUAGGAAAUAAAGGGGCUGCCUUGGCAAACAGCAUUUCCAACUGGGUCAAUGUGACACUUCUUCUACUAUAUAUCAACAUUUCACCUGCAUGCAAGAGGACAUGGACAUCCUUUACAUGGGAGGCUUUGCGUGAUAUUAAACAUUUUUUCAAGCUUGCCAUUCCAUCUGCAUUCAUGAUCUGCUUGCAGUGGUGGUCCUUCGAAAUACUCAUUCUCUUGUCAGGUCUGUUGCCCAAUCCAAAACUUGAGACAUCAGUUCUUUCAAUCAGCCUCAACACUUCUUCCCUAGCAUAUAUGAUUCCCUUCGGUUUUAGUGCUGCUGUAAGUACACGAGUUUCAAAUGAACUGGGAGCCGGACGCUCACAUGCUGCCCGCUUAGCAGUGUAUGUAGUGUUCUUUAUAGCAAUCAUGGAGGCAGUCAUGGUAGGAUGUCUUUUAUUCUCUAUACGAAAUGUUUGGGGUUACGCUUACAGCAAUGAAAAGAACGUCAUUGAUUAUGUUGCAAAGAUGAUCCCAUUGCUAGCAGCCUCAUCAUUUUUGGAAGGAUUCCAAUGCAUUCUUUCAGGCAUUGCUAGAGGAUGUGGGUGGCAAAAAGUGGGUGCUUAUAUUAAUCUUGGAGCAUACUACUUGGUUGGCAUUCCGAUAUCUUUCUUUUUGGCCUUUGUACUGCAUAUUGGUGGCAGGGGACUCUGGCUCGGAAUUAUCUGUGGCCUUUCUGUACAAUCAAUUUUACUAAGCCUAGUAACAACAUGUACAGGCUGGGAACAACAAGUAAGUAGCUCCAAUUUUAGUAUUCUAAAGAGAAAAUUGCAGCAAUUAUUGGUUUAUCUGAGAAAAGAAGACAUGGAUUGUAUCCAUUUAUUUUUUCCGCAAUGUAAAUUAUACGAGGCAUAAGAAUGAAUAUCAAUAACCCAAGGCAGCCUGUAAUGAAUCUUAUUUAUAUCAGACUGAUUUCCAAUUUCAUUUGAGUUUGAAGUUUAUCUACAUGAUUUCAUCGUUUUGAUUUGAUUUGAUGCACAUUACAUACAUUAAUGGAAGGUAUAUGUACACAUACACAUAGCAUCUAGGCCAACAAAUUUGUUUGCUCUUACAUACUAUCUUUCUCUUUACAGUCUAUUGAAUUGGCCAUGAAAAUGAAUGCUUGCUUUGAAUCUAGCUGAAUAUUAUCCAUGAAAGUAGUAAUAUUGUUUACUCAC